AUGGAUGGCGACCCAGUUCCCCCCACUCAUGACACACGCUACUUGCUCUCUGGCCGUAAUCCUGCGAAUGCCGUUGGCGACAACGAAUCCCAGCCUCUUCACACUUCCGGCACGGUAUCAACUCGAACUCCUACAAGUGCGAACACAGAGCCAGAGAAUCACAACGAUGGUGCGACCGAGACGCAACCGGAUCACCCGAGUUCAGUAUUUACCACCCUCACUGUCAAAUCCUGUCCGUGGGAGAGAUGUCCUAUCGAAAUUCUAGAUACGAUAUUCGACGAAGUGGACAACAAGGGCUUGAGGUACUUUGCUUGGGGUGGCUCAAUGCCUCCACUUGUAGUAGCACUCCGGGGUCUGAAUCAUUCUUACAAACAGGCACUACAACGAUUCGUGAAAGCAAGCGGCCCCCAUCUGCGGUUGGACCCUCGAACAGGUGAUCCUGUCGAUUCUGGCUUGAUCCGGCGCAGCGACAAAGGCCUCAAUUUCGUUGAUUACGGGUUUCAAAGACCUGAAUGGUUCACCUCUCAAUUCCUUCUAGCCGAAAACAUACGAAAAGUUCAUCUUUCUCUCAACUUGCAUUGCUCUAUGUCAGACACAAGCAUUGCUCAUUUCAUCCCUGAAUUUCCAUUCUGGUUGCAGGGAUUCAAGCUGCUUUCUGAGGUAACGGUUCAGAUUCCGGUCUUACAUAGACGGAUCGAUGGAAGUAGACACCAGCGAAUAGUCAAUGCCGCCAUGGAUCGAAUUUUAAGAAAGGUUGGGGUCCAAGGUCAACGUCUUGCGACAAAAUACAGUGGUCUCGGCACAAGUGUGGAGAUCUGGGUUUGGAAAGCCUGCCCUGGACAGACCAUGAAUUGGUCGCAAAACCUCGGCACAAUCUGGAAACGCCCGCCCGAAUAUUACAAUCAAGAUUGGUGGAAGGACGAGACACCAUGGGACCUCUUAAACCUCCGCUCGCACUUCCAAUUGAGGAUGGAGGAGGGCCAAUUCGUUAUAAUUGGAGGACAGUGGGAGUCAUGGGGAUUAGAUGAGGACAGUCUCUUAAUGUAUUAA